AUGCCUUCAUUUCCUGCUCCUGCGGAGAGGGCCCAGACCCUGCAAAGCCUUAUCGGGUACAUCUUCAAUGACCCGAAUCGUGCGAUGGAAGCACUAGUCGCUGCUGGGGUUCACAUGCCCGGAUUGAUCAAUCGCACGGAUGGUCACAAGCAACUUGCUCUCGUUGGGGAUGCCGUUCUCAGAAUGAUUCUGGCGUUGGACGGAUACGAAGCCCGAAAGGGCAGAGAAUUCACGAACAGUAUCCUCUCAACGAAGGCCGGCAACACAUACAUCGCCCAGGCUGGACGUAACCUGGGCCUGGACAAACUUGUCAUUGUCAAUCCAGCCCAGGCCGGAAUGGUCGCGGACAAAGUCAUGGCUAGCGCCGUUGAAGCUAUUAUCGGAGCUGUCUUCAUGGACAGCGAUGGCUCUGUUGAGUCCGUGCGACCUGUCCUGGCUACCUUGGGCCUUGACUGGCCUGCUUGA